AUGAGCAGAUCUGGGGGGAGCCAAUACCAUCCGCUCAGCUGAAACAGAAGGAAACGACGCCUUCCAAGUCUAGUCCAAAAGCCUCGUAGCCUCUUCAGGACACAUCAGACAACUAGAGCUCCUAAUUUACUCCGGCACAGGCUCAAGAAAUAAAAAGGGUCCAAAAUGUCUCAGAAGAUCAAAGUUGGUUCCGUGGUUGAGAUGCAAGGAGAUGAGAUGACCAGAGUUAUAUGGGAGCUCAUAAAAGAAAAACUCAUCUUUCCUUACCUGGAGCUUGACCUGCACAGCUAUGAUCUGGGAAUGGAGAACCGUGAUGCCACUGAUGACAAGGUGACUGUAGAGGCAGCGGAGGCUGUUAGACGCUUCAAUGUUGGCAUCAAGUGUGCCACCAUCACGCCUGAUGAGAAGCGUGUGGAAGAGUUCAAGCUCAAGCAAAUGUGGCGCUCUCCCAACGGAACAAUCCGGAACAUCCUUGGGGGCACUGUGUUCCGAGAGGCUAUUAUCUGUAAAAACAUUCCCCGUUUGGUUCCAGGCUGGAUCAAACCUAUUAUCAUUGGCAGACAUGCACAUGGAGACCAGUAUAAGGCUACAGAUUUUGUUGUGCCCGGUCCUGGGAAAGUUGAAAUGACAUACACACCCAAGAAUGGAGGACAGCAGCUCAAGUUUGUUGUCCAUGAAUUUGAAGGUACAGGUGGAGUUGCUCUGGGGAUGUACAACACAGACAAGUCAAUCCGGGAAUUCGCUCACAGCUCUUUCCAGAUGGGGUUGACCAAAGGCUGGCCGAUGUACCUCAGCACCAAGAACACCAUCCUAAAGAAAUAUGAUGGCCGCUUCAAAGACAUCUUCCAGGAGAUCUAUGAAAAAGAGUAUAAGGCUCAGUAUGAGGCCAAAGGAAUCUGGUACGAGCAUCGAUUGAUUGAUGAUAUGGUGGCUCAGGCUAUGAAGUCUGAAGGAGGGUUUAUCUGGGCCUGCAAGAACUACGACGGGGAUGUGCAGUCAGACUCCGUAGCUCAGGGUUAUGGGUCUCUGGGUAUGAUGACCAGCGUGCUACUGUGUCCAGACGGGCGCACAGUAGAAGCUGAGGCUGCCCAUGGCACAGUCACACGGCACUAUCGGAUGCACCAGCAGGGCAAGGAGACUUCUACCAACCCCAUCGCAUCCAUCUUUGCAUGGACACGAGGGCUGCUGCACCGAGCUGAGCUGGACAAGAAUGCAGAGCUGCGUGUGUUUGCUGAGGCACUUGAGGCAGUUUGUGUCGAGACCAUUGAAGCCGGUUUCAUGACCAAGGACUUGGCCAUCUGCAUUAAGGGCAUGUCUAAUGUCAAACGCGCCGAUUACCUCAACACCUUUGAGUUCUUGGAUAAACUGGCAGAGAAUUUGAAGAUCAAGAUGUCAAGCCAACCCAAACUGUAAAGCUAUCGGGUGUUCACAAUCAGACACGCAGCUCUCAACCCAUGCCAGGCUGCAGAUUCUGUUAGCCGUGUCUCCUGUCUAACUUUGACCAAAAGACAGAGAAGUUAUGGGCUGCACCACCAAAUCCAGAAGGGGGAGCAAGUGCACAUUCCGCUGGAGGACCUGAAAGUGCCUUUUAAAUGGAAAGAGCUACAUUCAUAACUCUUUUAAAAACAAGUUGGAAACACUCUUUUAAAUUCAUAAAGGGAGUGAAAUACUUUUGAAACUUCCCCUCCAUAUCGCAGCCCCCUGUAGUGCAUAAAUAUUUUUGGUAACACUUUACAAUAUGGUUUAUGUUAGGUUAAGGUUAAAUGUUAACAUUAGGUAAUGCAUUAGAUAUUAUGAAAUGACAAUGAACAGCUUUGUACAGCACUUAUUAAACUCAGUUAAUGUUAAUUUAUAAAUGUACUAGUGUUUAUUGUGAAAUCAUAAUGCAUUAACUAAUGUUGACAUAUUCAACUGUUAAUGUUAAAAAUUCAUUAGUAUAUGUAUAAAGUAACCAAACAACAUUAAUUUACUGUUCAUUGUUAGUUCAAGUUAAUUCAUGUUUAUAUAUAUAUAUAUAUAUAUAUAUAUAUAUAUAAACCUUAUUGUUAAGUGCUGUUUUUGUAUUUUUGUUCUACAAAUUUAGUGCAGGGUCCAGCCUGUUAUAUGCUUGAACAUCUGCUGCCUUAUCGCUCUGUGUGUGUAACUGUCUCGUCUUCAUACAGUCACUCUUGAAGCAUGUGUCAAGAGCAAUGAGAUUAGGUCUUAACAAUGGAAAUACAAACAUGACAGUAAAAUACCUGAUUUUCACUUAAAUGCUGGUAGUUAGAAUCAGUAGACAUUCCAGUUUAUUAUUUUUGUCACUAAAAUACACUCAAUGCCACUGUCUGUCACUGAAUUUCAAAUUCAUUUCUGGAUGUCUCUCUUAAUCUUAGUCUGUGUGCUGGUGUUAUUGUUAUUAUGACCACAAUAAUAAAUAAGUCUUUUUAAGAAGAGUAUGU